GCUUGGGGCCUCUACAAAGAUGGUCGUCAAUGCCAUCACAACAUUUCGGGAAAUGCCAGCUUUGGCAUCAGAAUCAAAGUCCUCUCAUGGUUCAAGUAGCAUGGGCUCGCUUUCAUCUAUUGCUGGCGAGUAUUCGUCAUACAAACCACUCCGGAAUCCGUUGCUUGACGAGACUACUCAUGAGGGCCAGGAUGACUUAUUCGAGACGUUUACCACAAGUUCAACGGAUGCGUUGGUAAAUGAUGGCUAUCGAGUAGACGUUUCUGGAUCUUCAUUUGCAUAUCAAGAAGCAUCGGAUGGCUUGGCCGUUUUAGAACUUCUCUCACAGCCAGGAAAUGAAUCGAUUGAGACGGCCAUUUCCCGGGAGCAUGAUUUUCAGAUCUCAGGCGAGGAUGAAUCAUGGAGUGAAGCUGUGGCUGGUACACUCAUCGAUGAAGAAGACCAGCUUGAUUUUACUCCUGAUUUUAUCACUAAUCCUGAACUGUCUUCACAAGCAGCACCGUAUCUUGGAACAACGAACCUUGAAGAGACAAGCAGUACUUGGUUUGGGUAUUGGAGUGACGUGUUUACAGCGUACAAUGCCCGGGUAUGGGGUAAUUUGCAUCCAAUAUCCACUUCGGAAACAUCGGAUCAGGAAUUAGAACAAGAGCAGGAUAGUAGGGAGUCGAUGACCAUAAAUCGGGCGCUCGAUCGGUUAAAGCUCAUAUUCUAUCACUUGAGGGGAUGAGAAUGUAGCGCCGGAACAAGAAGCCAAGUUUUUAAUGUCAUUGUAGCAACUUUCCACGAUUUGUUAUAAGAGAACCAGAAAAAUGUAACAUAUACGUCAAGGG